AUGGCGUUAGAGGGAAUACUGCGGCUGAAUGAGGCCAACGAAGCGAACGGAGCCGGACACCGCAACACGAUAAGAAGAGUUUCAACAUCCGAGGACGGCGACCAUGUGCCAGUGAUAAUGGAUCCAUACCAGGCCUCAAAUUAUUCCACCCCCACAAGCUUCAAAUUCGACGACGACGUUAUGGACUCACCUCUCAGUCCACCACUGAAAAACAUGCACAGAAACUUCCACAAAAGUCAUCUUUGGGAUGCGAGUUCGGCGAACGAUGAGCCUCUCAGUCCGCCGAUAGUAGCUGACAUCGAACGGCAAAGAGGAGCGAAGACGACGCCAUCUCCAUACCCAUCUACAGCAAAAACAGCAGUCAUAAUGCUGUCACUAUACAUCUCGAUCUUCCUAGUCGCUCUCGACAGGACCAUCAUCGGCCCAGCGAUACCUGCCAUAACAAACGAAUUCGACAGCAUUGGCGACAUUGGAUGGUACGGUAGUGCGUACAUGCUCACAGCAGCCGGCUUCAUUCUGCUAUACGGAAGGAUAUACACCUUCUUUCCCACGAAACCAGUCUUCCUAUCCGGCAUUUUUCUUUUUGAGUUGGGGAGCAUUGUUUGCGGCGCAGCACGCAGCAGCAACAUGCUCAUCGUUGGACGCGCUAUUGCAGGCCUAGGAAGUAGUGGUAUCUUCACCGGUGCGAUCUUGAUCAUGCUCAACACAGUGCCGCUUGCCAAGCGGCCCAUGCUGCAGGGUCUCUUUGGCGCAUGCUUCGGCGUUGCAAGUGUGGCUGGUCCCUUGCUAGGCGGAGCGUUCACCAGCAGCAGCGCAACUUGGAGGUGGUGCUUUUACAUCAACCUACCACUCGGUGGCAUUACCAUCCUUGCAGUAUGUUUUUUGCUAAACCUCGAAGAAAAGAAGCCGCAAUUCGAGAGAUGGGGAGAGACGAUAAAACAUCUGGACCCGCUGGGUACCGCAUUGUUCCUUCCAUCGAUCACCUGUCUCUUGUUGGCCCUAGAGUGGGGUGCAGCGGAGUACCGUUGGAACUCACCACGUAUCGUUGCGCUUCUCAUCGCCUUUAUAAUUCUUCUAAUAGCCUUCAUAUUUUGGCAAUUCGUCACCCGAAACACCACGGCGACGUUGCCAGCACGCAUCGUCUUCCAGAGGAGCGUCGCAUUCGGAAGUGCCUCACAGUUCUGCGUAGGCGCGACCAUGCUCACGGUGUCCAUUUACAUCCCUCUCUGGUUCCAGGCCAUCAAAGGUGCCUCGGCCAUGCAAUCCGGUAUCAACACCAUUCCCCUUGUGCUCUCAGUCGUCGUCGGCUCGAUCAUGUCCGGCGGUUUUGUACAGCGCAUCGGAUACUACACUCCUUUCAUGAUUCUUGGCUCUCUGUUCAUGGCCAUUGGUGCCGGCCUCAUCACCACAUGGUCCGUGAAUACCAACAACAGUAUCUGGAUCGGGACCCAGAUUGUUACGGGCUUUGGGGUCGGUUGCACCAUGCAGCACCCAAAUAUAGCCGUACAAACCGUGCUAGAUAAACCCGAUGUUCCCAUCGGUACGGCAGUCCUCUCGCUUUUCCAGACGCUCGGUGGAGCAGUCUUCACAGCUGUGGGACAAAAUCUCUACAUAGACAAGUUCUCUGCCGGCCUGGAACGAAUCGGAGGUCUAAAUCCUCAACGCAUCUUAGCCGCAGGAGCCACGGACCUGACGACGGGUUUUACUCCAGCAAUCAAACGAAUGAUACUGGCAGCCUACAACGACUCGCUGACUCAUGGGACAUUCUUUGCGGCACUCAUCAUCGCUUGCCUUGCAAUACCAGCUGCUCUAGGCAUGGAAUGGCGCAGCGUGAAAGAAAAGUCGGACACGCCUGUACAGCGCAACGAUGAGAAGCGGGACCAACAAGCAUACCAGCCCCGCAGUAUCUUGAAGACUCCAGGCACUGGUGCAGGUCGACAAGAAGCGAACAAGGUGUCGUUGAAAGCGCCACCUCCAGCUUGGGUGAAGACGUUCCGACAAAGCGGUCAAUUUUCGUCGUACUUAACGGCGAAGAUCAACCCCGAUCUCCGUGAUCAGUUAGGCGCGGGUGGAAAGCAGGAUCGUAGGUGA